AUGGCCACAUGUUGGAUCUGCUCUGCCCCAACAAGUCAAUUUAUUGCAGAAUACGAGGCUAUAACCCCUUUCAACAGGAACCCCACACAGACCCCUGGGCAGGCAACAGCACAAUGGGUUGUGCAACCAGAAAAUCUAAGCCAGACAAGCAAAAACAAAAAAAAAGAGCAGGAAUAUUGGGGACCUCUGACGACAGGCUCAAAGCGCCAUGGAUCCCAAGAUGACGCCUUUGCAGAUAAUGCCUCUGAUAUCGGAGAUGAUUUCUCGGACGGCGCAGUGGAGCAUCACGUACCCACACUAGCAGCCUCCAAGCCGUCACACUUACCACCAGACUCAGCCCCAGUCACAGCGGCAGUCCUGAAAGAACUGCUGGUGGGCCUUCAACACACGCUAAAAGCCAACAAGGCCCAAAUCUGCCAAGACCUGAGAGGCCUGACAGGCAGCAUGGGCACACUGGAACAAGACACUUGCCAAAAUGCUCAGCAAACACUGCUUCUGCAGCAAACCAUACAAGAGCUGAAACAGCAAUAA